AUGGAGGGAGUGAGCGCGCUGCUGGCCCGCUGCCCCACGGCCGGCCUGGCCGGCGGCCUGGGGGUCACGGCGUGCGCCGCCGCUGGCGUGCUGCUCUACCGAAUCGCGCGGAGGAUGAAGCCAACACACACCAUCGUCAACUGCUGGUUCUGCAACCAGGACACAGUGGUGCCCUACGGGAACCGUAACUGCUGGGACUGCCCCCACUGUGAGCAGUACAACGGCUUCCAGGAGAAUGGUGACUACAACAAGCCGAUCCCCGCACAGUACCUGGAGCACCUCAACCACGUGGUGAGCGGCUCGCCGGGCCCGCGUGCCCCCGCCCAGCCCCCGCAGUGGGUGAGCAGCCAGGUGCUGCUCUGCCGGCGGUGCAGCCACCACCAGACCACCAAGAUCAAGCAGCUGGCCGCCUUCUCGCCGCGCGACGAGGGCAGGUACGACGAGGAGGUCGAGGUGUACCGGCACCACCUGGAGCAGAUGUACAAGCUGUGCCGGCCGUGCCAGGCAGCCGUGGAGCACUACAUCAAGCACCAGAACCGCCAGCUGCGCGCCCUGCUGCUCAGCCACCAGUUCAAGCGCCGGGAGGCCGACCAGACCUACACGCAGAGCUUCUGCACAUCUGCGGUGAAGUCCCCAGCGCAGGUCAUCGUGCUCCGGGCCCUCGCCUUCCUGGCCUGUGCCUUCCUGCUCACCACCGCGCUCUACGGCACCAGCAACCCCUUUGUCCCGGGAGCCCCGCUUCCCCCUGCCAUGCCACCUGGUAGCAAUGGCUCGGCCCCACCAGACAACGGAACAGCCACUGGGGCCGAGGGCUGGCGGCAGCUGCUGGGGCUGCUGCCCGAGCACGCGGCCGAGAAGCUGCGCGAGGCCUGGGCCUUCGGGCAGAGCCACCAGAUGGGCGUCGUGGCACUGGGCCUGCUCACCUGCCUGCUGGCCAUGCUGCUGGCCGGCCGCAUACGGCUCCGGAGGAUCGAUGCCUUCUCCAGCGGCCUGUGGGCCCUGCUGCUGGGGCUGCACCUGGCCGAGCAACACCUGCAGGCUGCCUCGCCCCGCUGGCUGGACACGCUCAAGCUCAGCACCACGUCCCUGUGCUGCCUGGUGGGCUUCACGGCAGCCGUGGCCACAAGGAAGGCGACGGGCCCGCGGAGGUUCCGGCCCCGAAGGUGCUUCCCAGGAGACUCCGCCGGCCUCUUCCCCACCGGCCCCAGCCUGGCCGUCCCCUGCCCAAGCCUGAGCAUCACGGGCCCCUCGCCAUCUUUGUUCGUCCCCGCCCCGCCCGGCUUCCUGCCCAUCGCCAACCAGCAGCUGUUCCGGUCCCCACGCCGGGCCUCGCCCUCCUCGCUACCCGGCCGUCUCAGCCGGGCCCUCUCGCUGGGAACCAUCCCCUCUCUGACACGAGCAGACUCAGGGUACCUGUUUAGCGGGAGCCGCCCUCCAUCUCAGGUGUCCCGACCCGGGGAGGUCUCAGUUUCAGAUUAUUUCUCUCUGCUGUCAGGCAGCUGCCCCUCCUCCCCGGUCCCUUCCCCGGCGCCCUCCGUGGCCGGCUCGGUGGCCUCCAGCGCCGGCUCCCUGCGCCACCGCCGGCCCCUCAUCAGCCCGGCCCGGCUCAACCUGAAGGGGCAGAAGCUGCUGCUGUUCCCGUCACCCCCUGGAGACGCCCCCCACACCCCCAGCAGCUCCGACGAACACUCGCCCCACAACGGCAGCCUCUACACCGUCGAGUCGCCCCCGGCCCCACAGAGGCAGCCGGCGCGGGACAUGAAGCACACGGCGGACACGAAGUCAGUGCCAGAAGGGGGCAGCAGCUGUAGCAGCCGCUCCAUCAAGAAAGAGGAUGACUCAUCCCAGUCCUCCUGUGUGGUGGACACCACCACCCGAGGGUGUGCCGAGGAGCCCACCAGCUGGCGAGGUCGUUUUGGCCCCUCCGUGAUCCGGGGCCUCCUGGCCAUGAGCUUGACCGCCAACGCCCUCUUCACCUCGGCCUACCUGUACCAGAGCCUGCGCUGA